AUGCCAAAAGUGAGAGAAUGUGAAAUCACGCGCGAUGUCUUGAAAAUAGUUCACGAAGCACGGACUAAAGCUCUUGGACCUCUUAGUUCUUCAUUUCACAUUCAGAAGCUUUUAAGGGAAGGAUUACAAAAGGUUCUCCCCGAGGAUGCUCAUCUCAGGGUCAAUGGGAGACUUCACGUAUCCCUAACAAGACUGAAUGACCAAAGGAACAUAAUCGUCAAUCGUUUCUCUAGCAAAGACGACUUGAUUCAGGCGUUACUGGCAAGCGCAUUCAUUCCCUUCUUCUCGGGUUUGCUACCACCGCGUUUUCACGGAACACGUUACGUCGACGGAGCCUUGAGCAAUAACCUUCCCGUCAUCGACGACACGACCAUCACAGUCAGCCCCUUGUGCGGGAAGAGCGACAUUUCGCCCGAUGAUUCCUCUUCCAGACUUUUCCAUUGGAACUUCUCGAACGAUUACAUCGAAAUCUCUAGUCAAAACAUCUUCCGUUUGAUGCGGGUGUUCCUGCCGCCGGACCCGGCGCAGUUGCUCGAGAUAUGCAACCAGGGUUUCUACGACGCGCUGCGCUACUUGCGCACGAACGGACUCAUCAGUUGCGAGGAGUGUCUGUACAAUCCAUUCUCGCUCAUGGACCCGGAUGAUCUGGAUCCCUCCGAUGACACCCCUUUGUUCGACCCCCAGUGUCCCAAGUGCAUCAGUCAACAAAAGGAACUCAUGCGUGCCAAACUGCCAGAUACUGUGAUACAAAUAUUCGAAGAUGCAAUAGAUUUAGCCAACGAUAGCCUCAUGCAUUUGGUUUUCAAAUAUAAAGGCAUGAAGGUUCUUCUCUUCAUCAGCCUACCUUAUACUUUGUCCGUGGAUAUUCUAAUGUCAAUUACCUACAAGUGCGCAAAAUCGGCAGUGAUCACCUCGAAGAACCUGCUGAUCCUGUCGCGGUUCGUGACGCGCGCCUUGGUGCAGCUGCUGCAGGACAUGGAGCGGCGCCAGCGGCGGCGGUGGGUGUCGAAGGUGGCCGGGGUGCAGGAGCUGCUGGCGCGCAACCGCUUCGGCUCCCGGAUGCUCCGCCUCCUGAGGCACAUCGAGGACCGACGCACGCGCCUCCUCCAGACUGCUCUCCGGGAGAUGCGCCAGCUGGACAUCCUCCAGGACGAGGAGUUCCACGAGCCGAGCCCCCAAGAGGAGAUCCCCCUUCCACACGCCCACGAGCUGCCACUCGGCCAGUUCCCCGAUGAGGAUCAAGAGCAGGAUCGCGAAACGAAAACGAAGACAGAAGUUUUCGCAGGCGAGCAGCUUAAAGCUAAGAGCCAAUCAAAGGACUCGGAGGAAGAUUCCAGACCUGAGUGCGACCAAAGAAUACUUGCCGAAGGAAUUAGCACCAGAUAGCGGAUGUCCUGCUUCGAUGUGCCACGAGAUUCUCGAGGUAUAUAUCCUCGUGAAAAAAAAGUAUACGAAGGAAAUUCGUGAUGUUUGUCAGUAAGGCAAAAGUGGAACAUUACUUGAAAUUCUUGACUUUUGUUUGAUCUUUGCUACCAAGAGGAGGACAAUCGAUAUUGAACAAAGGAAAAUUCUCGAGAGAUUUAGGGGUGAGGAUCGACCAACUCGAUUUGAGUCCUACUUUUUUAACCAUCGCAAAUUGUUGUGAAUCCAUUAUUUCGGCUAGAGAUAUUUCCUGAUUACACGUUUGACUUUGAAUCAUUAUGUCCGAACUACUUGGACAAAAAUCAAAUGACUUACUUCAUUGUUGAGAUUGACAUCUCAACUUUAUUGGGGCAAUUUGUUAAUUGUUGAAUGCAUCCCGAUUAGUGAUUUCUAUUUCAGUUUUUAGAAUGUCUUUUAUAUAAAUAAUUAUUUGUAUGAGUACAGCACAGAUCAUAUGUUUUUAGAAAUAAUUUUAAAUCGAUUCAAAAUCAAUAUCUUAAGAGUUGGAUUUAAAACUCGCAUGAAAUAACGGUCUAUCUCGGUACCUUAAAAAUAUGACUACGUGUGUGAAAGUGACCUGAAUGAUAAUGAUUUUGAUGGAUACUUACCGUGUCCCUGCCGUGAAAAAUCUCAGUAAUUCGUUUAAUGAGAUACUGGCACCAUCAUACUCAUGUAAUAAAAUGUUAUGAAAGAAAAGUUCGAUCUUGCAUUGGAUUAUACACUGAGCGGUGCAAAAUAUCAAUAUUUUUGGCCAUAUUGGUUUUAAGUUACUCUCUGUGAAAAAACAGAUAUCCUCCUUGAAAAUGCUCUAAUUUUGAAUAUAACUCGUUAAAUAUUUCGGGGAAUUCGUAAUUGAUCCAUAUUUUAGAUUUUUAAAUAAAAUUAAUGAUUU